AUGGCUGGAAAGCAGUUGGGAAAGGCUGCAAUGGUGAGGCUUCUUGUCCCCGCGGGUAAAGCUUCGCCUUCUCCACCCGUAGGACCUGCAUUGGGAGCAAAAGGAGUCAAGUCGAUGGACUUUUGCAAAGAGUUCAAUGCACGGACAGCGCACAUAGAGCCUGGGCUGGCGAUCCCGACAAAGAUUAUCGUCGCUCCGGAUCGCUCGUUUACUUUUACCACAAAGUCUCCUUCGACCACGUACUUCCUGAAGAAGGCGGCAGGCAUCGAAAAGGGGACUGGCAAGCCCGGACAGGAGACCAACGGAACUAUUAGCGUCAAACACAUCUACGAGAUUGCCAAAAUCAAACACGAGGACGUUAAAGGCAUGAAUAUGAGCUUGGAGAGCAUGGCGCGGUGUAUAGUCGCGACGGCGAAAACUCUUGGUCUCAAGGUUGUGCUAUAG